UUUUCGUGUGGUUGCCCGCUGGGCGCGUCAGUGGUGAACUGGUUUUGAUGGCUUUCGACUAGCGAUGGGAUCUUACAUCAUCUCUCGAAGACUCUAACCGGCGGGGAUUUGGCCAGUUCGGAGAAUGUUCAGUUAGCAGCUAUGGUGAGGCACAGCGUGAUGACGGAGUUGCAUGUCUUCCAGCAUUCGCUCCAGGGCAACUCCCUGGCUCUGGGCCAAGUAGGGCAGUGUUAUGGGGAACAGCAGCAGCAGCAGAAUGGGAUCGUUUCAGAUGACAGGCAGCACAUCGCUCAAGUCCCUGCAGAAGUUGAGAAAAGCCAGCCUGUGAACAUCCCAGAUGCUGCCAAGCGAAAAAAGAAGAAAAGAUCAAGAGCGACCAACAGCUCCACUGGCACUUUUGAUGACCUCUAUAAGCUGACGGAUGAGGUGCUUGGCCAGGGGGCUUGUGCCAAAGUCCAAGGAUGCGUCAGCUUGCAGAACGGGCAGGAGUAUGCAGUAAAGAUCAUCGAAAAGAGUGCGGGUCACAGCCGCCGCCGAGUCUUCCGAGAAGUGGAGACGCUUUACCAGUGUCAAGGAAACAGGAACAUUCUGGAACUGAUCGAGUUCUUUGAAGACGACACCUGCUUUUAUUUGGUGUUUGAGAAGUUGCGAGGAGGGUCCAUUCUUACGCACAUCCAGAACAGGAAGCACUUUGAUGAGCUGGAGGCUAGCAAGGUGGUCCGUGACAUCGCCCAAGCGCUUGACUUUCUACACACAAAGGGUAUUGCUCACAGGGACCUCAAACUGGAUAACGUCCUUUGUGAACACACUGAUCAAGUGUCACCGGUAAAGAUCUGCGACUUUGACCUGGGAAGCGGCAUGCAGCUCAGCAGCGCCUGCACACCGAUAACUACUCCCGAACUCACCACGCCGUGUGGCUCAGCAGAAUACAUGGCUCCAGAAGUGGUGGAGGUUUUCACAGACGAGGCAUCCUUCUAUGACAAACGCUGCGACUUGUGGAGCCUCGGGGUCAUUCUCUACAUCCUGUUAAGCGGCAGCCCCCCCUUCACGGGCCACUGCGGCAGCGACUGCGGGUGGGACCGGGGGGAAACAUGCCGCACGUGCCAGAGUCACCUGUUCGAGAGCAUCCAGCAGGGCAAAUACGAGUUUCCAGACAAGGACUGGGCUCACAUCACAGAUGCCGCCAAAGAUCUUAUCAGCAAGUUGCUGGUACGAGAUGCCACUCUGCGCCUCAGUGCCGCUCAGGUCCUCAAGCACCCGUGGGUGCAGGGGAAUGCACCAGAGAGAGGUCUUCCAACACCUCAUGCCCUACAGAGGAACAGCAGCACCAAAGACCUGAGCCAGUUUGCGGCCGAAGCCAUCGCCUUCCACCGGCAGCUGUCGCAGCACGACGAGCAGCAGCAAAAGGAGGAAGAAGACGAAGAGGUGUGCCCCGUUGUCAUUUGCUCCAUGAGGCUCUCUCCACCGUCCAACUCUAGACUGGCUCGCAGGAGGGCGCGGUCCAACGCCCUGCGCGGCCGAGACGGC